ACUGAAAAUCCAGAAGAGAAUAUUUGGCAUAUGAGCCUACUUAAACAAAUAAUUCCUUAUCAAAAUUUUUAUAACUUUCCAGGACUUGGUGAUUGUUCCUGCUCCCUCUAACGCAGCUAGUUUGUAAUUGUAAGAAAGACGGAUCACAUGUACAAGCUGGAAAAAUAUCAAAAACAAAUCUUCACUGCCUCAGUAAGAAAAGGGCUUUGAAAGGCACAGAUAAAUGAUGCUGACAGGGCUGUCGAAUAAGAACAUGCUUUCAUGUGUGGCCAAACAGUGGAUUUAGCCUUCAGAUUUGGAUGAGCUAGCACCCAGCUAGCUUAUCGUUAACACUGGACACAAGGGGAAACAGUUUAACCUUGCUUUUUUCUACCACCUCUAAAGCUAACUUACUAACACGUAUGUUCAAUCUAAAGUGAAGGAACAGCAGAUCGUGGUUUUACUGAAUUUGCGACAGAUAAUUUUGGUGGUAUUUAACAUGCAACAUGUUUGAGCAACAGGAUUCUAUUGCCUGAAUGAUGUCUUUACACUGACCUCAUUUCUGAUUAAUGCCGAGACACCUUUAAGAGAGAAAACUUAUGUUUACAUUUCAACUCCGCAAACAUGGAUGGCUGCACGCAAUUACUGCCGAGAACACUACACAGACUUGGCUUUGAUCGAGAACUAUGUGGAAAACACAGAUGUCUAUAGGACAAAACCAGCCGAUGUUGGAGUGUGGAUUGGUCUGUACCGAGUGCCGUGGACUUGGUCUGAUAACAGCGGGAGCUUAUUCAAAAACUGGAUGAGCGGAGAGCCAAAUAACUAUAAAGGCACUCAGCACUGCGUGACUGAGAAUAUUCAACAUGAAUGGAAUGACGAAAACUGUAACUACUGGUACACCGUCCUCUGCCAUGAAGAUAAAAAAUUGAAGAUGACUAUGGUGAAGGUGAAGAUUCAAAGUGAUGCUGAUGCUUCAGAUUUGGCUACGAACAAGCAGAUCCUCCAACAGGUGGGUGCGGUGCUACAUAACCGGAGACUGUUGGACAUCAAGCUGCGAUGGAACACUGAGCCCAGAAAACAGAAAAAGAAACUCACAACGCAACCUCAGUGUGAAUCACAAAGGCAUAUGUACACGCUGUUGCGAAAUGUUUAUUCUGUCGAUCACUGGAUUGCAGUGAAAUUAGAAAUGGAUCAUAAAUGGAUUGUGAUUUCCCUGUUUGGAUUUGGCAUCACCUCCUGUUUUUGCUUCACUGCUCGCAAGUACCACUACGUUAAGAUAACUGCAAACUACAUCCAAGCUAGGACGUACUGCAGAGAGAAAUUCACUGACCUCGCGACCAUUGAAAGUGUGGAUGUCAUUAAAAGCCUAGAAAGACCAAGUUGGGCCACCUCAGUUGUAUGGAUCGGACUGAAUGAUGACCCGAAAUCCUGGAAGGCAGCUAUGGGUGCUGAGGCAAACUCCUGGAAAUGGUCCGCGACUGGUCAGACCAGCAAAGAUGGUUAUUCCAACUGGUCUGCGGGUGAUCCAAAUUUUGUCAAUGCACAGGAGUGGUGCGUGGCAAUACAAAAUAAUGGAGGAUGGGCUGAUUACCCCUGUGAAGAGAAAAAAAUGAGUGUUUGUUUCGAUGCAACUGCAAAUGGAAAACAUUACGCAUCAAUCUCAACUCCACUAACAUGGACGGAUGCCCAGGCGUACUGUAGGCAGUUCCACACGGAUCUGGCAAUUGUCGAGAACGCUGAGGAGAACAAAGCUGUCCAUGCCGUGAAUGCAGCAAAUGUUGCAUGGAUCGGACUGUACCGAACGCCGUGGACCUGGUCGGACGGGAGCAGCAGCACCUUCAGAAACUGGAAACCUGGCAGGCCUGAUAACGGCUAUGGGGUGGAGGCCUGUGGGUUUGAGUAUCCCGAUCGAACAUGGGACGACGAUAGAUGUUCAUCAAGCUACUUCUUCCUCUGCCAUGAAGAUCCAGAUUUAAAGAUAACGAGGAUAACGAUGAAGAUUCUAAGUGACGCUGACAUAACAGAUCCAGCCAUUAACACCCAGGUCCUCCAACAGAUUGGUACGAAGUUGACAAACCAGGGAUGGAUGGGCUUCAAGCUACAGUGGAAGAUUGAGCCUCGACAACAAAAAGAAGAAAAAUGAAGUCUAAUGUCAAAGAGUUGCAAUAACAUACUACAUAGUUUCAUAUGAGGGGAGAAGAAACAUAGUAAGUUAUGCUUACCAUGUACUUAAUAUGCAACGUAAUAUUUAUUUCUUCAAAUUUUGAUGAAAUAUUUUUGAAGAAAAAGAGAUCAGUCAGUUCAAUUUAAAUUCAAUGAGCUGUUUGUCAUCAAACUCAACACUGGAUCAAUAUGGCCAAAGCAAGGACACACAAGACAGACUGACAGACAAUAACUGAAUGAGAAAUGACGGACGUUGUGUCUGUCAAAGACUGACGGAGAUCAUCUGUGAAGAUAAGAAGCUCAUCUCAGUCAAACCACUUUCUUUGGUUGACCUCUGCCUUCCACAGCCUCACAAUGUGUACACAGUGUCCUCUAAAGGUAAAUUAAACAUUUGCAAAUCAAAUUGCCUCACAUGUAAUUCAGCAACCUUGGGCCAGAAAAAUGCCCUCGUAGUUUUUAAUUAGUUUUGCAUUUGCAGUUUACCUUGGAUUUGAAGGUACACUGAUCUGGGAGGACUUCUGACACUCUCAGCUGAAAAUUUAAAUUGCUCAAACUGAGAAAUCUUUCCAGCACCUUGUCACCUUGCCAGCUGUGGAAGAACAAGGCCCUUUGAUGGAACAAUAAUUUGAAAACUGGUGUCCCAAUUUUUUUUUAUUAAUUUAAUGUCUUUUUCUGUACUUUGGCAAACUAAAUCUUUAUCAAACGAAGAAUAUUUUGUGUCUGUAAAACAGUGUAGAUGUUUUCUGUCUUUUUUUUCUCAGUGUAGCUUAACCUUUAUUUGAACAGUAAACACAUAUCAAUGAGCACCAUAGUGUGGAGUAUGGAGUAUUUGAAUAAUUUAGUUUGUUAAACUUAUUUAGAUUCAAUAUUAAUUUAAAGAAACUAGUAAAAGAUUGAUGAGUUUGAAUAGCGUCACUGUAGUAUUCCCAUGUUGUAAAGUAAGAGUACUCAUGCAUGAAAAACUCCCUGAGGUCAGCGUUAUAGGUUGGAUGUUGACCAGAGAAUAUAACUGCCAUGUCCAGAAUAUCUUAGUGGCUCCAGAGUGUUUCACAUUAAAAAAUAACAGCAACAUCCAUCAGCAAGAAUGAUCCAUUUUUCAGCUGUUUCAUAGGCCAGUUGUGGUCCCUUCGAAAAUCAAAAUCUGACUUCAAAGAGGCCUUUGACUCACAGAGAGGCCUUUAAACCUGCCCAGUCCCUGUCAUCCUGUUGCUUCCUGUGUGACAGUGAAAUUGAAGAGAUAUAUUGCACUAAUAAAUAACUCUCAAUGGUGCCAGACUCCAAGUAAAAGUUUACAGCUGGUUGUAAAGAAUCAAAAGGAAGGCUGGGGAUCUGUUAGGUGC